AUGACACUUCCUAGGCGUCCUUAUGAAGCUCUGCGGGGACAUUUUGAGAAGUGCUUGGCUACGCCUCUUCGGCCCAUGAACCUGCGCACAUUGGCAGGGAAUGAUAAGGGAUAUAUACACACUGCGGUGGAGCAGCUUGGGGCACGCACAGCUCGCAGCUACCGUGCCAUUUAUAGUGAGGUUCAAAAGCGAAGUUUAGAUCGGGAAAUUAAUGCACGGCUGUCGCCACUGGAGUCCAUAUGCAGGAGGGAGUUUGAAUGCUGUGUGGAGUUAAGCGAGCUGGCGGAAGUCUAUCUUCGCAAAAUGGAGCGCGGAGAGAUAUGCGACGCAGAUACUUCUCAGCCAAAUGAAAUUAUUGAUGAUGCACAGGUCGACAGCAUUAUGAAAGGGGAAGGAUACGGUGGUAGCGGUAAUAGUGGCGGUGACUCAUCAGUAAAGCGUUUGAUUGAUGUUUUGGAGAGCCUGCGUCCGCAUGAGAACCUCUUUGAUAUUGUCGUCAAUGAAGAAUGGAUUUGCUCACCGAACUUCAACAACUGGCUAUCGCGUUUUUGCACACGACGUGUCUCCUGGCGUGUCAUUCACGAGCAUCUUCUUCAUCUUGUUGGACCAGGACGUUACUCACCGAUUAUUCGAACAGACCCGAACGUCGGGAGCAUCUUGCGGCAUACAGGCACGGUUGUUGUUGAACAAUAUGUACGCAGCAUCCAAUCCAUCCACGGUGGAUCCAUGUUCAUUCAUAUGGAGGAGCAGCCCGAUUUAUUCACACGCGUCCCGAGUGGGCGACUAGCGACGUCAAGCAAAGUUGAUUGUCCUAUAUUCCCUACAACUUCCAUGCCACCUGCGCCAUCAUCGAGGGUGAUAUACUCUGUCGAAGGACACUUGGAGUACGUGUUUAGGGAAUUGAUGAAAAACGCUUGUCUAGCAAUGCGUUCACGGACAAACUCGAUUGAGCUUCAAGUGUGCUUUGCCUCAAACGACACACAUGUUGUGGUGGAUGUGACGGAUGCGGCGGGUGGUAUCGCUCCUGAUGCCGUGGAGAAACUUUGGCUUUUUGGCUGGACGACAAACUCUUCCUUUGACAACAAAAUGGGCGGCUUUGGCAUCGGCUUGCCUGCCUCCAAAUGUUACAUGGACCUCUGGGGCGGGAGGAUAGACUUGUAUACGACAGAGGGGGUGGGAACCACCGUUCGCGUCAUUUUUCCCAAGGCUCCUACGGAGGUGUUCGUGCCAAAAGGAACGUCAUCGAGUUCCGACUAA